AUGGUCCGCGAUGACGACGACCCGCCAAUCCAGACAACAUCGGCCGUCAGGCAGACCGAAACAAAAGAAAAGCUUCAAAAAGGCCAAGAGAAAAAAGAGAUUGAUGACACACUGGUGUUUGUGGACACCGUCGUGAAUGUUGAUGCAGCCAAGAACGUGAAGAUCCGCGAGAAGCUUAUCAAUGAUACGAUGGUUGCUUCCGACAAAAUCGUUAUCUAG